AUGGACCAUGUAGAGUCGCCGCCGGACUCUCCUUAUCCUCUCCUGGAAGUUCCAUGUCUCAGCGAUGAGCCAUACGAGCACCACGAUUUUUCAACAUAUCCAGAGCACAAGGGCUGGGACAUCAACCGGCUGUUUGAUGGCGACUUCACCGAACAUGAGGAGGCAGCGCCCUUCCUGCAGAACUGGUUAUUCUUCGGCGUCCUCUGGGAGGUAUUUGGGCCGAUCAACAAGGGAGGGAAGCAUCACUACAUAAAACAACAGGGAGGUCACCCAUACGGCACCAUAACCGUGGUCGGUCUAGAAGAACGGAUCCUCGAGCUUACGUCGUUUAUCUCUGCUCUGAUCGGAGGCGGAGAAAAAGCCACUGCUGACCAUAUUGGCCAUCGUAUCGAACAAUGUCUUCAGACCGUAUCGCGGCUCUGUCGAAUCGCAAAGUGCGACGGUGACCCUCGCCCGGGGUUUACGACCUGGCCACUAUCGCCCGAGAUUGAUCUCUCAAUUCGGACGUUGAGCCAGCGGUUGGCCUGGAGCUUUGCAACGGGCGUUAUGCCUUUGGUCUUUGACUCCUACACUGGAGGCUUAGAGUUUCCCUGUGCAUGGCUUCCCCUCAAGCGCUUGCAGGACUCGGGGUGGUGCCCAAGUGAGGUGGCCAUGGUGGAAGAGACGUUUACAUCUGCGUCUGCGUACUAUACGUCGCAAUUGGAAAGCCCGCCGUCUGCAACGCAGAAGGACCAUAGUCAGUGCACCAGGAGUCUGUGUAUGGCGCGGCAGCUCAACGAGGAGACGUACCGCACUGCUCAUACCACCCCCGACUGCGACUGUUCACACCAUGGACCGUUAAUCAAUGAAGUGACCUCGAUCCUUGAGUCGGGAGGCAUCCCGCUGCUGUCGAUUACACCGAUCAAAAAGGAGCCACAUAUCAGGGUUGCCGUGGAGAAAUACACCGAAGGAAAGAAGUAUAUCGCUUUCUCCCAUGUUUGGUCGGACGGCCUGGGGAACCCUUCACAAAAUACAUUGCCGCAGUGUCAGUUGCUUCGUAUUCAGAGCCUAUUGGACGAACUGGUCUCCGGGAUCAGGUCGGUCGAUCUCGUUAACAGGUUAGCAUUCCGGGAGCUCUGGAAGAAGAAAUUCCACGGUCCAUCGCUCCUCUUCUGGAUGGACACGAUGUGCAUCCCCGUGGCCGAUGAGCACCGCGAACUGCGCUCGAAAGCGAUCAAGUCGAUGAAAGCCGUCUACGAGCGAGCGUUCCGCGUGUUGGUGCUGGAUGGCGACAUCCAAUCCUUCUCCUCCAGCGACUACACGCAGUCCUUCAUGCGGAUUCGGCUUUCCGCCUGGAUGCGACGCCUCUGGACCCUGAAUGAAGGUGUGCUCGCACACAAGCUGCGCGUCAAAUUCGCCGACGGCUUCUUCGACGUCCAAGCCCGAUCCAAGAUACAGCAGGACGAGGCGUACGACUCUGAGCUGGAGCAAACCAAGUACACAUACGGUACACCGAUGCGAGAUGCAGAUAACUUCCACUGGAAGUUCCGUCUCCUCCGCAUAAAUGUCAUUUCCGAGCCGGAUCCGCGCAUGGUCAGGAAGACGACGUCCGAUUCGGCAAGUACCCCCCCUGAAGCCAAACGGUGCUUUGCGAUUAUGGAGGCUUUUAGUGCAGCCUUGUAUCGCUCGACCAGUAAAGAGCGGGACGAGAUGCUCUGCUUUGCGAGCUUGAUUGGAUGGGAUAUAUCCCUGCUCAAGGGUCUACCGUUUGAAGACCACAUGCAUGCUUUACUCUCGACUGAGAAGCAACUGCCCCAGGGAAUGCUAUUUCUCGCAGGCCCGAGGAUGCGCCAACGUGGCUGGCGCUGGGCAAUCAAUCGGUUCGGCAAUUGCGGGGCGAAACGAUUGAAAGUCAAGUCUGACGAUAUGACGAUGGGAUUUGUUACGGACAACGGGUUCGUCGUGGAAUAUCCUGCGCUGGUCUUGCCGCUGAAUUGCACAUUGGAGAAGCUGGACUGUCUGGCUGUGGACGUUGACGUAGGUAAUGGCUUUGUGGGCACGUUUCAAAUCACAAGGCACGAUGAAGGUUUGGGUGACGCAGAAGGCAAGGCUGAGGCUUAUGAGCAUGACCAUGGUCAGUUGCACGUUCUGUACUGGGACAUGACGAAGAAGAUGCCUCCCAGAUCGCCAAUGCCCGCUGCAGUGGUCUCGAGUCCAGCGGGCAAGGGCCUAGCGGAGGGCGAGAUGGUGUAUCGGUUCGAGUGCCUGGCGUGUGUCGAGAUACUGAAGAUGAGGCCUGGGAAGUUGCAAGAAAGAGGGAAUGAGCUUGCUCAGCUGGUCGAAGGAAAGUGGACCAUUCAGUAG